AUGAAGAGAACUUUGUCCAUACGAUCAACCAUUAUCAUGAAGCAGGAUUAUUACGAACUUCUAGGGGUCUCAGUACAGGCAGAAGACUCUGAGCUCAAGAAAGCUUAUCGUAAGGCGGCGCUCAAAUACCAUCCUGAUAAGAAUCCCGACAACGUUGAUGAAUCCACCAGGAUCUUUGCGGAAAUCAAGGCAGCUUACGAAGUAUUAAGCGAUCCCCAAGAACGAGCAUGGUAUGAUUCACAUAAAAACCAGAUAUUGCGAGAGACAAACGUCGAUGAUGACGGCGAGGAUUUGGAUGAAGAUAUUGGGAUCACCGCCCUGGACUUACUAAAAUUUUUCGAUCCUAAUUUGUAUCGUCGGUAUGAUGAUACUGUGGCAGGGUUUUACAAAGUUGCCGGACGAGUAUUCGAGAGUUUGGCAGCCGAAGAAGUGGCGAGUGGAAAGCUGCAAGGGUUGGACGAUUAUAAUUUUUUCAACGACGAUAUUGAAGGGUACGUCGGGGAAGAUUUGAAAUACCCGGUAUUUGGCAGUGGGCAUAGUGAUUAUGAGAAAAUAGUGCGGGAGUUUUAUGCUAACUGGAGCAAUUUCAGCACGGUAAAGUCGUUUUCUUGGAAAGAUCAUUAUCGGUACGCCAGCAGUAUGGAUAGAAGAACCAGAAGAGCCAUCGAAAAGACCAAUAAGAAGACCAGAGAUAAUGCGAAGAAAGAGUAUAAUGAGACGGUUAGAUCGUUUGUGGCAUUUGUUAAAAAGAGAGACCCAAGAGUGAAGAAGGGGGUUGACGAAUUAGAACGGAAGAGGAAGGAAAAGGCAAAAAUUGAAAUGGAAAGAAGAAAUGAACAACUUCGAUUAGAACGAGAAAAAAUGAAGAUGAACGAGAAUUUUGAGUUGCAAGAUUGGCAGAAAUAUGACCCCGAAGAUUUGGAGAAGGCAUUCGAAGGUAUUGAUAUAACCAAGCAAAACAGGUCGUUAGAUGAAGAUACCAUUCAAGACGACAUGACUAAUGGUCGUAUAGGUGGUGGUGAUGUUGCUGGAUCUGAUAGUGAAGAGGAAGAGGAGGAGGUAGAAUUAUUUGAGUGUAUUGUUUGUAACAAGACUUUCAAAAGUGAGAACCAGUUUUUGGCACAUGAGAAGUCCAAGAAGCACAAAAAGGAGGUGACCUUAUUGAAGCGACAGAUGAUGAAAGAGAGCAGAGAUUUGGGAUUAGACUGA